CACACAAAAUUUUAAUAGAAGAACGCUGACGUUUGUAUGCGGUAGUUUCCGUGAAUGUAUUUAUAUCGGGGUAGAAUAUACACGAAAAUAACGACGUAAAGAUAAGCUUUGUUAAAAUUAAAGAAUUAAAAACAUAGCACAAAACAAUUUCUGACCUUAACUUUAUAGAGGACACUAUUCACAACUCCUGUUUCCAACAAAUUUCACAUAUAGUUGCCCUUAUCACACGGAUUUACUUUUUUCCACACUUGCUCAGCUGAGUAGCUUUAUUUUGCACUAUAUUCGCUUAUUGAAUUUGAUUUAAUACUGUACUUUAUGAUAUGAUUUAGGUAUUUCAGUUGAUAAAUUUAAAAAACAUGUACAAGUUAAUAUAGGUAAAUUAUUUAUUUUUGGUAAAUUUUUGACCAGAAAUAAUUGAGUAACACAGCCGUUUUAUUUUUGAAAUUUACUUUGAAUAUUAUUACAUCGUUCCUAUGUUUAACGAAACUAACUUAAAAUGAUGCGAGAUAUAAUUGCUAAACAAAUACUAAUGUUGAGGCAGAGAUCUAUUGUUUAUUUAUUUAAUUUUUUUUUAAUUUUAAACGUUUUUGAUGGCUGGGCGAACGAAGUUUGUAUUUGCAUAUUAUUUAUCAGUACAUUUGCUUUGCUACUGUCAUACGUUCUAUUAGACCCUUUUGAUAUGUCUAUCUUUAAGAUAUUUAGUUCUUAUUACAAAAUUUGCCUAACAAACAACAACAAAGUUGUAUGAUUAGAGAAUAAGGUCAUUUAUUUCGACCAACCAGGGUGUGUAUUGUGUAGAAACCGGCUAAUAGUGGGAUGUCCUGGCAACAGAAAUUAACACUAACUUUUGAGCUGUGAACGGAUUUUAAAGGUUGACAAGUUUUCUUGAAUUCGAGGGUGGAAAUAGCAAUUUAAGUACAACGUGUCGAAAGGGAAUAGUGUGGAAUAAAUUAGCAGGAAUUUCGAAGGAGGUGAUUACAAUUGCUACCAAUAACGAUCUACCAGUGUGAGUGGGAGUGGCAAAUAUACUUCUGCCACAUUUUAGGAUACAUUUGGCAAACUUAAGUUUUUGGUGUACCAGCUGAAUGAGAAUCCUGAACGUAUUGUGGACGCUGCUGAAAAUGCUCUACCAACUGCUAUGGUGUUCGGCGCGACUACUCUCCCUGCUCUUUAAUGUUUUUUGGUUUGCCUGCAAUCUUGCCUCGGCCUGUAUUCCCUGGAUGACGUUAGUGCUGAUGGUCGCUUGUGUGGCUUCUAAGUUCGCGAAGUUACGUAGCCCAGACGAAAAACGAUUGCUUAGAUUACUUGGCGGUUGCGCACCUGAAGAGCUAACUUAUUGGCCUAUAGCUAAUCGCGGUGCGGGUUAUGAUGCGCCCGAAAACUCCAGAGCAGCAAUCAAAAAGUGUGUGGCACGUGGCUAUCGAAAUAUACUGCUGGAGGCCGGUUUGACAGCGUGUGGUGAAAUAGUGAUAGUAAAUCGUACUACUCUAGAACGAGCCGGUUUGAUGGGUGGUAUUGCACGAUACACAUUGGAUGAAUUACGUAAAUUGAAUAUAACAGAGCUACAUCCUUUAGGCUCACAAUUUGAAGCUGAACAAAUACUUACGCUUAAAGAGUUAUUGCAAAUUUUGGACGAAGAACAGCGCAUAACUGUAUUUUUACAUAUUUUGGACAACAGUGUACGCAUGUUAGAACAAUUAAGAGCUACAAUAAAAUUUAACGCACAAUUCACAUCACGCACAAUACUCAUCAGUCGUUCACCAUAUGCCAUUUACCAGUUACGUAAAUCACAUCCGGAAUUAAUUUGCGGACUCUGGACGGAGAAAUCGCUUUCAUUUGCACUUUUAAAGGCGUCAACACUCAUCACAUCGAUCUAUGGCGCCUUUUUUCGCAAUAUCAUUGCGCCUGUAAUCGGAAUUAGUGUUGUUUUUGUUAGCAAGGAAGAAUUUAAUCUUCACAUUGCUGAAUUAUGGCGCAACGUAGGUGUUCGCCCACUAGUAUAUAAUGUAAAUUCGCCCAACGAAAAACGCUAUUUUCAGAAGACGAUGAAAACCCAAUAUCUAACCGAUUCUUUACGCUCUGAACCUCAUCUCCUAAUGAAAGCUUAAUUCAAAUGGUUGGCUUUCCGGUUUUCCAUGUGUACAAGGAACUAUUAUUACCAUAAUGUUUUCUCCAUAUCUGCUUGAAAAGUAGUGUCCACACCGUCCCUACAAUUUUAUAUUGCACCCAUGUAAAAACAUGCGUUUUUACAAAUAUUUUGCUGCCAUCACAAAUACGACACACAAAUUGACAUGGCAUUUACAUAUGCGCUUAUGCUUUUAUACGAAACCAUUCAUACUUAUUGCUUCUUUAAUUUUAUCAGAGGUAAAUAUUUUUAAGCCGCAGAUCCCAUAUUUUCACUCGACGCUGUCAUUUCUACAUAAAGCCAUCACAUAAGAAGCUGUAAAGUAUUGCGUACAAAAUAAUUUUUUAAUAGAACGAAC